AUGCAAGAUGCUGAUUAUCAAUUGUAUACAGAUAGCGUAGCAGCGGAAGUGAUGCUGGGACGCAUACCAAGUGAAGAAAUCAAAAAACGUGCUCGGGAUGCAUUGGAUUCAUUUGGCUUGACUCAAUACAGUGAUCGCCAUCCAGCAUCGUUGUCGGGUGGGCAAAAGCAGCGGGUCACGCUUGCUGCGGCUUAUUGUGCCGACGUACCACUUGUCAUAUUAGAUGAGCCGACAAGCGGCCUUGACGGAGAUGGAGUUCUCACCGUUGCAAAUUGGACCCGGCAGCUAGCUGCCCAAGGGAAAACCGUUCUCAUCAUUUUACACGACUCUUUACUGGUUGAUUUGGCCUGUGACGAGCUAAUUGAAUUGGCGGGCGAAAAGGAAGGGCUGCUGAUAUGGGCAACCCUUUUUUCUUCGCUCAGCGUGCUUUUGUCUUUGCUGCCGUACCUGUCUGUCUAUUAUGUGCUCGUGUAUUUGUUGGAGAAUGCAGCUUCGGUUACUUCAGAUUUAAAUAAAGCCCAGUUGAUCCGAUAUGCUUUUAUGGGUCUUGGCGGUCUAGUACUCGGGCUCGCUUCAAUGUACAUCGGCGGAAUGUGUUCGCACGUCGCAGCUUUUCGUAUCCUGUAUGGCAUUCGCAUGCGAUUGACCGAACAUAUCGCUAAAUUACCGCUAGUACUUGAUGAAGCUACCGCUUUCGCUGAUCCUGAAAACGAGUAUAAGAUGCAAAUAGCUAUGCAAGAGUUGAUUCAUUGGGAAAACAGUGAUUAUGAUUGCCCAUCGGCUAUCGACGAUUCGUCACGCACA